AUGGCAUCGCCAGAAGCGACCGAGGCAGAGCAAGAGCUCUUCUUCAUCAGUCUCAACCAUAACAAACCAAUCACAGUGAUACUUUUACAUGGUCUGCUUGACUCACACCUUGAGUGGUCCUACGUGAUUUCUUACUUAUCCGAUUAUCACAUCAUCGCUCCCGAUAUCAGCGGUCAUUCUCAAUCUCGCGAUAUCCUCCCUGCGAAUAUCUCCAGCUCCGCAGAGCGAGUGGCCGUGCUCAUCCGGCGAUACGCACAUGACGGCCAGGCCCACGUUGUAGGCCUCUCCAUGGGUGCUUUCAUCACUCUCCGUAUCAGCCGGCAACAUCCGGAGCUGGUCCUCUCUGCCACCGUCACCACGGGGCAUCCCAUGGAGGGCCACUGGGCAUGGGUUGUCCGCUAUCCGAGCAUCACCUAUCACGCUAUGUGGGUGCUUCUCGAACUGGUACCGACAUGGCUGUAUAUGCUCGUGGCUGUCAAAGGUCGCGGCAUGCAUCGCCAUGAAGAACUCCUAGAAGAGAUGCGGCAUAACAGGAGAUGGGAAGUGAUUCGUGCUGUGGACACGGGGCUCCUGGAGCUCAAAUGGGAAGACAUCAGGACGUUACCCGUGAAGACGCUGGCGAUUGCGGCAGAAGGCAUUGACGAUGUUGAGGCGGUGAGGAGAAUGGGUAGAGAAAUGCCCGUCGAGGGCUCACUGGCUGCAGUAGUCAGAGGAGCAGUACAUACGUGGAAUUCGCAGAAGCCAAAGCUGUUUUCCGAUGUGAUUAGAGCGUGGAUUGAGCAAAGCGUCGUUGCCUGCAAGCCUCGAGAUCUUGACGUGAAGUGCUAG